CGCCUGCAUAGUCGACAUGUGUUGUUUAAUUUGUUAAUUACAUUUUUAUGGAUCAAGGACAAAAAACAGACGGCCAGCAGCACCUAUUGUGCUUGGUUGACAAAAGUUAGAUGUUUAAGCUUUCGGGUGUAAAGAAAAAAAUCUUCUAGACAUCCACUUGAAUACACGGACAUAAUUGUAUAUAUUGGUUGAAUACUGAAAGAACAAACAAGGAAGUUUAAAAGUGAUGCUAUUACAAAUCAAGGAUUCAAAACACCGCACUCUCAAGGUUAUCUUCAUAUAACAAUGCGCACAGCGAAAACAUAUCAUUUGAAAUAGCUUUAAUUAUGGCACUCCAGGGUAUUGACCAUACAUAUAAUGUUGAGAAUUCGUCGGCUGAUGCCACCAUCUACUGUAGUCCCUGUGAAAAAGGGGGUGGUAGCGUUCCCGCGAAUGGCUUCUGUAACAACUGUAAAGAACACCUCUGCUUAAGCUGUCUCAAAGUCCAUCAACAAGACCAUGUUGUAGUCAGUGAUAAUGGCAUGCCCUCUUUUUAUUCUUCUAUCAGGACAGAUGGUAAGAAAAGAUUAACUGGAUUAACCGAACACUGUCCGAAUCAUUCUAAUGAAGUUAUCAAAUUUUUCUGCUCCAAACACGAUUCCCUUAGUUGCAGAUAUUGUAUUGCUGAUGACCAUAACUCAUGCAAAACUGACAACAUACCAAACAUCGCUAAAGACUUUGUGCAGGGCAAGGGCUUUGAAAGGCUAAAUACCAACAUUGCAAAAGUGGACCGCGACUUAAAAAAAUGUGGUAAACUGAUUGAAACAUGUCUGAAAACUGUAGAUGAAGAGGUAACCGAAGAACUCGACCAAAUAAGAGCGCUCAGAGAGGAAUUGGUUGCAUUUCUCGACAUGAGAGAAAAAGAGCUGCUAGCCAAGGUGAAUGAUAUCAAGAAAAGCAAUGAUGAAAAUAUUCGAUCUUUUAAAAAGAAAUGCCAGGUUGCAAAAGAUAAAAUGAACGCAAUCAAAUCCAGUCUAGAAUCACAUGAAAAUAACAUUAAUCAGUUAUUUAUUGUGGCUAAACAGUCCAAACGUCAGCUGGAGAAAAUCGAAACAACCUUGGAUGACAUAAACUCAAAUAUGUCAAUGCUGACUUCCAAUUUCGUUGGGGACUAUGCAACAACAGCCUUAGGGACUAUUAAGGAAACCAAGAGAAUGCCACUACAAAAGCAAACAAUGAAAGGUUUCCCAUUCAGAAAGGCCUCAUCAGCUGAAAUCGUUGCAUGGUCCUCCCAAGAUAGCGCAUUCUACCCCUGCUGGGUGAGUGGACUGAAGAUUCUGUCAGAAGACAAUAUACUUAUCGCUGAUUAUGGGUUCGGGAGUUGUUCUGUAAAAAUAUUGGACACGAAGAGAAAUAGAACUGUUUCUCAAUUGCAAAUGGAUUCCUAUCCAUGGCAGUUAUGCCUUGUGACCCCAACUAAAGCUGCAGUCACAUUGCCUAGAAAAGCAACAAUUCAAUUUGUAGAAAUCAAUGGCGAUGCACUUGCCAUCCAGGGAGAAAUCAAGCUAGAUGGAGAUUGCAGAGGCGUGGAUUAUCACGAUAAGAAGCUUUAUGUUUGUUUCAAAAAUGCUAAGAAAAUCGAAGCCAUGAGCCUCGAAGGAAGCAUGAUCCAUAAAAUUGACAACAAAUCAGUUGGAAACGAGUUAUUUAUGGGUCCAUUGAAUGUAAGAAUCGUGAAAGAGAAGUCACCAUGUGUCUUUGUUGUUGACAGAGAAAGCCACACAGUAAUUAAGCUUAGUCUUGCGUUGGGUGUUCUGGCUAAAUAUCAAGACCCCAUUUUGAAAUGUCCACAUGGUCUAGACUUGAUAGGGAAUGGUGACAUUGCUGUUUGCGGGAGAGAUACCAACAAUAUUGUUCUCAUCGACACUGCAGCAGGUACGAUGAAAACACUGCUUGGUGCAAAUGAUGGAUUAGAAAAACCGAUCAGCGUGUGUUUCUUACGUAGUCAGCAGAAAAUGUUCGUUGGAAGCAAGAAGGGUAACUAUGUCAAGAUAUUUACAUUCGAACGAAUAAUUGAAUAGGCUUUAGAGGAAAGCUUCGUCAGUAGGGUAAAGAGAAUAUAUCAGCAGAAAGAAUUCAACUGAUAUUCAUAUAUUUUAUGGUCCAUAUAAAGUUAUAAACAAAUUAACUAGCCAGAACAGAGAUUACUUCCUCUCGUGUAUUAAAUUUUCGGGCUAAACAUCAAGACCCUAUUGUGAUGUUUCCGCAUGGCCAAACAGGAUGUGUUAGGGAACAGCCAACUAGCUGUGUGUGGGUCGUGCGUGCGUGCGUGCGUGCGUGUGUGUAUGUGAGUUAACUAACACUGCUGGGUUCAAAGGUUGGAUUGCACAAACCAGUAGAUUGGAUAACCCAUUUAGUGUUUGCUUCUCCCGGAGUCAGCAGAACUUGUUCGUUGGAGGCAAUGGGCAUGAUCAUAUUAAGACAUUAACAUUCAAAGCUAUGUAGCUUUUCCCAGAGACGACACUUCACAGAGUGUUGCAUUGUUAGCACGAUGACAACAUAGUCAAAAUAAUUGAAGGUUGACGGAUUUUUUUACUAUUUUUGAUAUGGCAAAUCCUUCACGUACAAUUUGUUUUGUACCAAAAGUGGGUAGUUAUUCCGACCGGAAUUCCGGGUUAAAGCAUAAUAUUGCUUCAAUAAACUAUCAUAAAAUCAAGAAAUAUUACCAGAUAAUGUUAUUUUAUAUUAGUUCCUUACACAAAAAAUGAAUCGAAACACCUCGGAGAUGGGCGGCAGAGUUGUUACCAUUGUAUUUACGAGGUCUAUCUCGAAGUUUGUCGGAGAUGGUCGAGUUGUUAGCAUUGUAUAUACGAGGUCUAUCUCGAAGUUUGUCGGAGAUGGCCGAGUUGUUACCAUUGUAUUUACGAGGUCUAUCUCGAAGUUUGUCGGAAAUGGUCGAGUUGUUACGAAAAUAAAAAGCAAAAUAACAAUGUUCGUUUUUGUGAUACACUUUACAAAAUGGUCUCCACUUUUGUGUGAAACAAUGUCGUUACUUUUUUUCUAGAUAAAUGGAAAUCAUCACACCAUACCUUGUUGAAGAUUUGUUGUUGUGUUUUGUAUAAAAUGUGCACAAAAGGGAUGCUAUUCAAUAUGCUACUUAUGACAUUAUGGUCAUACAUCAUUAGUUUCAGUCACUGUUUAGGUCCGUUAUUUACAUGACACAAUCCAAUUAGCUAGUAUAUCGUUUUUAGAUCCAGUUGAGACCAAUUUUGAAUACCAUCCAAGACUUUAAUUUGGAAUGUAUUAAGUAUGUCUGUAUGAAUUUAUCAAUAACCAUUAGUCAGUUUAUUUUCUCACAUGUACAGGUAAUUAUUAACAUUUAAAAGUAGACAUGUGAUACGUUAUGGAUGUUGUGUUGAUAUUGCUGAUUAAUAUUUCGGGUUGUGCUGUUGAUAAUGUUCAUUGAUAUGUCGAACCUGCAUGGUGAGAUUGAUAAUGCUGAUUAAUAUUUCGGGUUGUGCUGUUGAUAAUGUUCAUUGAUAUGUCGAACCUGCAUGGUGAGGUUGAUAAUGCUGAUUAAUAUUUCUGGGGUUGGUGCUGCUAAUAGUUAUCUAUAGUUCUUGUGGUGGUGUUGAUAAUGCUAAUUUAUAUCUCUGGUCGUGGUGUCGAUAAUAGUUAUUCAUUUUUUGGUGGUGGUGUUGCUAAUAGUAGUUAUAUAUCUGGCUGUGGUGUUGAUAAUGCUGAUUAAUAUUUCUGGUGGUGGUAUUGAUAAUGCUGAUUAAUAUUUCUUGUGGUGGUGUUGAUAAUGCUAAUUUAUAUCUCUGGUCGUGGUGUCGAUAAUAGUUAUUCAUUUUUUUGGUGGUGGUGUUACUAAUAGUAGUUAUAUAUCUGGUUGUGGUGUUGAUAAUGCUGAUUAAUAUUUCUGGUGGUGGUAUUGAUAGUGCGGAUAAAUGUUUCUGGUGGUGGUGUUGAUAAGGCGGAAUAAUAUUUCUGAUGGUGGUAUUGAUAAUGCUGAUUAAUAUUUCUGGUGGUGGUAUUGUAGUGCGGAUUAAUGUUUCUGGUGGUGGUGUUGAAAAUGUUAAUAUUAAUAUGUCCGGUGUUGCGUUUGCUUAUGGUAAUUAAUUGGCAAAUGUUCGACAACAAACUUAACAUAAGCAAUACACGUCUGGAAUUCGGACCCUUCUGCCAGUCCAUAGACAAUCGCUUGACCUAAAAAACAGACGCUUUAAAAUUUGUUUUUCAUAAUUCAUUGUGAUUGUGUAAACAUUUAUAGCUUGUUCUUCUGUAUGUAUUUUUAUUCUAUACUAAAGUAAAUCCUAAACAAUGUAUACUAUAUAUACUUUGUUGAUACUCCGUUUUAAGUUAUUGUAUGACAUGAACAUCUUAGAUUUGAAUUAAACAUUUUAAUCAGUUUUUUAGUCAUUAACAUGUCAUUAUUAUGCCCUUACCAUUUGGGGCUAUAUACGAAUCACCUUGUCCCGUACGUCCGUCGGUCCUUCUUUCUGUCCGUCCUGGGACAUCGGGACAAGUCUACUUUUCUCCAUAUUAAAACUAAAUAUGUUUUUUAGGUAUUGGCUAUUUUUCCAUGUUUCUUGCUUGUAUUUUUUUGUUUUUAUGUUUUAUGUCUUUGGCGUUUAUGUUUAUGUUUUAACUUUUUGCUACUGAGCUUGUUUCUGUAGUUUUUUGCAUACAUAUUCAUAAAAACUUUGUACACAUAUUAACCGUGUUAAGCUGAAGUGCUGUGCAUAAGAAACAUUAUUUCAUGUAUGGUAUUUUUUGCACGUUUAUUUUUCUUCACUCCAUAACUUCAUAACAUUCUCGGUAUUGACUUUUAACUUCGUACACAUAUUGAUUGUGUUCAGGAGGAGUACUGUGCAAUUUGUUUUAUUAUAACAGUCAACUCAGUUAAAAACUGUGCUAUGCUGUGAAAAGCAAAAAAGGAAGAUUCAUGCAUUAUUCCACAGAUGUUAGUAGUUUCUUAUUCUAGUAGCCAUUAUCUUCAUAGGGCAUUCUUGAAGACGAAAGAAACAUUUUGGUAAAUUGGUUUCUUUCCAAACAAAUCAAAACAUAUUUCAAGUUAUUUCAGUUGGCUCAAAGUCUGUUAAAGAAAUAAUACAAUUCAAUAUACUUAAAGAUGCACUAUUACUCCCAAAUAAGAUUUACCAUAUUUAAUACAAUUGUUUUAAUUUACCAAAAAGGAUUAAUAAAUGUUAAAAAAAAUGGUUCUUAUGAAGGAUACUGUGUUUAAUUUGAAAGAAAGGUGCAGAAAACACAGUAUUUCUACCUUAUGAGACGAUAGUAGAUCAAAUUAAAUCUCUUAGCAUUCACCAAUCAUUUAAUAUUUUGCCUUUUCAGCUAUUAAAUUCACGGCUGCCAUCUUGUUAUCAGUAAUUAAUAUUUUUUUUCAUAAAUGUAAUAUUUAGUAAGCAGUUAAAGGUGUAACAUAUACUCGACUUUAAAUAAAGAUUCUUAUAUCGUAUAUCUUGUAAAUUGUAUGUUUUAUGAACAAACGUCAUUCCAUGUGAUACUUCUUAUUACAAGGAGGUUGUGUAGUGGGGAUAUUAAACACAUCCGGUGAUAGCUCUAGAUAACAUCGAGAAGUUA